UUGAAAACUUUAUAUUUGUAGUUUCCUUUCCGCGCAUUUUGACAAACUUCCGUUUUUGUUGCGUCGCUGGACUUUACGGGAGUGUAGGAGUUUAGUAGAAUUUAAAAAUUAAUUGCAAAUUUGGAAUUAUACUACAAAGUAAUCGUCAAUAUGUUUACUGACAACAUUGAAGACGCUGCAGAUGUGUCGCCUUGUGUUAGGUGCACUAAAUUUGCGUCUUAUGUUUGUCAGAUGUGUGGCGAUUAUUAUUGUUCAGCCGUGUGCCAAAAACUUGAUUGGCCUUCUCAUCGUUAUAUAUGCUGGAAUAUGCCUAAGCUGAUAUUGAAAAAGGCAUUUGAUAAAGAAAUAAUGCCGGUAGAACAUCCAUGGCAAAAACUACGUAGUUGUGUGGAAAAUAAGUGUGCAGAAGAUAAACGUUCUGCUAACAAUUCUUAUAAGUUUAAACAAAGAAAUAUCAAAAAAAGUAGACGCGCCAGAAGAGGCACAAAACAAAGUAGUGAUGUCGACAGAAUUUCUCUACAACGCGAACAGGCAAAUCCGCAACUUCAUAAAACUAAAGGUCAAUAUGGCAAGAUAGAAAAACAACAAUUUAACCAUGAUGGACAGCAAGAUAAUGAUGCUAAAAAACGAUCUAGUCAUGGUAACCAACAUCAAUUCAAACGUGAUGACGAUCAACAACAUGGUGAACAAUUUGAUAAUAAUGAGCCAUAUCGGCAAGCUAACGAUGUCCUAAAAGGGGUAAAUCAACAGAAUUCAGAUAGUGCCUUGAAGGAAAAUCAACAGCACGGCAACUCUGGUAACAAAAGCUCACAAAAUUAUGACGCUUAUGACUUACAAUACACUGACCGUAGCGGUAAGAGUUUAAAAGAUCUUAAAGUUAAUCAGCAACAAGAAAAGAAACAACGUGGUCCGCAGCAAUGUAACGAUGACGUGUCACGUGGUAGUGAUAAAUAUCAACAGCGUAAUUUAGGCGGUCAACAACAACGCAAGUACCUUGGGCAACAACAGCAGAAUAAUGAUGGACAACGUCAACGUAAUAACGGUCAACAACGAGUUGAAGAUGGUCAAGAACCACAUAUUAAUAACAUCCAACAACAGCGCAAUAACGAUGAUCAGCAACAACAACAACAACGUAAUAACAAUGGCCAACAAUUGCGUAAUAACGAUGGUCAACAACAACAACAACGUAAUUAUAAUGGCCAACAGGACCAAAAUAAAAUUGUGACUGAUCAGAUUUUAAAUUCGGUUUCUCAAGAUAAUACCAAUGAUCGCCGUAGUGGAAAUGAAAGCCGUCAGUCGCAUAAUCGCAAAUCUCAACAUGAUAUGCCACAACAGCAACGUCCUGAUAGCCGAAAUAUAUCCAAUUCCAAAAUUCCACAACAGAGCAAUGAAAACCAAAAGCAAAAUCCACAAAAUUAUUCUGAAAGUACACAAAGAAACUACCCUAGCUAUCAGACCAAUCGAGGGCACAAUGAUGCCAGUCAACAAGAGCGUCAAUUUAAUAACACUAAUAGCACUAAUGCUCCCGUUCUCAAACCACCCUUUGAGAUAAAAAAAUUAGAUGAAAAUUGUACUAAUUUUCUGGCGUGUGUAAUUGACACUAGUUGCAUUAGAGAGGGACUUUUUGCCUGUAUUCCUGCCAAAGAUUAUGUUUCUUUUAUUAACAUGCAAAUGUUUUUGACAAAAAUGGACAAAGGUGGACAGCCCUAUAAGCCAGUUUUAAAUGAGUACUGCUUAGCUCUGUUUCAAGAAGAGUGGUAUCGGGCUAAGGUGAUUGGUGCAUAUGGCAAUGAAUUUAAAGUUGAGUACAUAGACUUUAUCAAUCAAGGCUUUGUUAAGAUAGGGGAUAUACGUCGAUAUCCUUUGGGUUUAACUGGUGUUAACUCAACAAGUUUGUGUAAGCUGGCAGGUUUACCUGAUCAACUUAGUUCAAAUCUCGUAGAUAAGUUGGAGGAUAUGGUAGUCGAUUGUCAAAAAUUGUAUGUACAAACAGUUAAAAAGUGUGACAAAUUCUAUGAAGUCGAAUGUCCAGUUUUAUUAAAACAACUCUCCGAAUUAGGUUUUAUUUAAA